UUUAAUUCUAUAAUACUUUGGAAAUGACGAAACACCACUGUAAUGUUUCCUAAUAGAAAAAUAAUCGCAACAGCAGCUUUCUGUGUGUCUCGUGUCCAAACCUGCUGAUACAUUCAUUGAUUUUGAUGGUGGCUGUUGCAGAUCUUCUCAAGCUCUCCGAUGAGACGGACCUCGAUAUCCUCAAUCACAGCAUGGAAGCUAUGGUUGACCGGUUCCAAAACGAGCUCAUGCCCGUGGCUUCGCAGCUCACCGCACGCCUGUGCGAAUCCUACUUACGCCUUGCAAGAGAGGGUCUGGCACAGCGGAACGAAGCGAUCCCGGACAGCAUCGACGUGGAAUCACUCGUUUCGGAUGCCGAUGACGAUAAAGUAUACGGCGCUAUGGGAGUCGCCAAAACUAUCGGGACUGUUGUUUCGUGCACUGACUCGUCGCCCGAGAUUCUGUCGCAGGUGCAGGAAGUGAUUAUACUCAUCAUCCGGUUCACCCUUGAGAAUAAGUUGAUCGAUUUGUUUGAUAAUAUGUAUGACCUCGUAGACGCCCUUACCUUCCGUCUUCACACAAUAUCACCGAACAUGUGGCCAGUGUUCGAGUUGACUUAUGACCUUUUCAAGAACGAUGCUUUUGAUUUCCUUGAUGAAAUGCUCCCCUCGCUGGACAAUUUCGUGUCGUAUGGUACCGAUGUGCUGAAGGCACGCCCUGAUUACAGGUUGAAGGUGUUGGACAUGUACCGCACGGCUAUGACAAGCCCACAGCUUGGGGAUAACGACAAGAUUAACGGGUGCAAGCUGGCAGAGUCUAUGCUUCUCAACUUGCACGGCCAUGUGGACGACCAACUCCAGGACAUCAUCACCAUUGCCGCAGACCACAUGGACAAAGGCGAGAUUGCCUCAUUCCGCCUUGCUAACCUCGAGAUUCUCGUCAACGCCGUCCUCUACAACGCCUCCGCGGCACUUCAUUUCAUGGAGGCCUACAAGCCUGGGUUCUCACGCACAUUUUUCGAGCGCUGGUUUGUAGCAAUCAACAGCGACAAUAAGCUCCCACGUGUACACGACAAGAAACUGAGCAUUUUGGCGCUAUGUAGGUUGUUGGAGAUGGAGGCUGGCGCGAUUCCAGAGGGAUUGAGGGAUGGAUGGCCUGGGAUUGUGGGCGGUGCUUUGAAUAUUUUCAAGGCUUUGCCUCAGGCUAUUGCGAAGCGCAAGGUGUUGGAGGAUCAGCUGGUCGACGGGUCCGACGAUGAAGAUGAGGACGACACUAGAUAUCUCAAUCUUGAGGGUGAGGAAGAUGAGGACGUAUGGGACGAAGAUUCUGCGUAUCUUGAGAUCCUAGCGAAAGAGGUUCGUCACAAUUCCAUAUUUGCAACCUACUGCUCAUAUAAAUAUUCUAGGGUGCUCGUCUGAGAGAAAAAUCCGAGAAGGCAGAAACAGGAGAUGACGAGUCAGAUACAUCGGAGGAAUCAGAAAUAGAGGAAGAACUCGGAUUUUUCAGUUCGCUCGAUAACAUCAACCCAUAUGUCACCUUCAAGGAGGCAUUGCAGAGUACGUCAUUCAUUCUCACUGUGUUAUACCGUUCCCUGUUUACAGUGACUAUUUUCACAGCAUUCCAGAAUCAAAACGGUGCUUUAUACCAGGCAGCAACGACGAUGCUCACGGUUGAGCGGCAGACUGUGCUUAUGGAGGUGGUGGCGGUGGC